AUAUUCAAUGGGUCAGUCGUUGUUCGAAAGAUACCAUCAAUAAUAGGCGUCAUGCAGUACGAAUCGUUUCCUCCCAUUCUGUAUCCAUUUACGGGCGGGCGUUGGAGCGUCCAAGGUCGAGAAUUUCCAGCCGCGCGACACCCAUUUCCACUGAACCUGAAAUUUCACGAGUUUCCAUCCCACGUUCCAGUCGGCGAACCGACAAUUGAAUUAUACACCUCGACCGCAUCAGCUGUUCGGCGAUUUUUAGCGUUAUUUCUCGGAUAGCGGCCACAUCAUGAUAGUAUGCUCGGUUCUACCUUGACUAGCGUAAUUACGCAACCGGUAAUAAGGGGCAGUUAGUCACUCGGCGGACUUGCAGAUAAACUUGCACACGUCGGUAGAUAUCGGUCCAAUUUAGAUUUCGUUGCAAGUAAAUUUUGUUUGAUUUGUAAGAUAAUCGCCGGUGAUAAGCCGCCGAAGUGAUAGAUAAUACGGCGCAAUCUUGGUGCUGAUUAAACCCGCCCAUCAGAAUCGAGUGAAACUUCGACGCGUGUGCUACCAGAGUUGUAAACGGUACCAAGUAUGCAUGUGAGUUCGUCAUCCGAGUAGUGGCCUAGCGAAUUAUGUCAUUGGAGAAGACACCAGACAGGAAUACUUGGAACGUGGGCGAUAAAUACGAUAUCGGAAUAAGGAUGUUGAGGGAGCAACGAGAGGGCAGCCUGAAGUCGGGAAAGUACUCGGAACGCCGUUCCAAACUCACCUUCGACCGGGAAAACAACAAGGAGUUCCCGCUGGCCGACAGUUGCAGGGCCAUCAGGAGCAAUUCCUUGCGCGACAGGACCAAAUCCGAUCGGCUGUUUCAGGGAUCGAACACCAGCAACGCCACCAACGAUUUGAACAAAGGCGAGAACGUACUGAUCCGAUAUAAGCCGAUCGAUAACGAUAACGUCAAGAUUCAGCAACCUUUGAACGUGUUCAGAUCGCCCGUUACGUCGCCGAAGGUAGAAAAGAAGGUUAAGAAGGAUAGGAACGUCUACCACGUAGAAAACGUCGUUAAGGCCCUCCCGAAACCGCCUGCAAUCGCGCUGAACCUCAUCUUGAACCCGAAGAAGGACGCCGCCGCAGACGCCGACAACACCUUGAACCAUCUGAACCAGAUCGAGAGCCUCAUAUCCAAGAUAGACAACAAGGAGAGACAGGAAGAGAAACUAAGGAAAUUCGACGAGAUCCUGCGUAACUUGAAGAUCGACGUUCCCAUCUCCUCUAUAGCUGAUAGACGGUCGGAGAAGUCCCACGACAUCUUGGAUCCCGAGCAGACGCUGCUGAAUCCCAUCAAGCACUGCGCGGAGGUGGACGAUCUGCAGGCGAACGGCUUGAGCGAUGCGGAGACCACGGAGAAGCCGUUCGACAGGAACGCCAUCGAGCGGAAGAGCAUGGAGGUGGGCAGCAGGAGUAAUCAGAGGAAGAUCAGCGCGGUGGUGCGAGCCGCCUCUGAUGCGCAGGGGCGUGCCCAUCCGGUUUCGGUGGGACCUCCGAGGAGGAAACUCGACCUGAAGGCUAGUGAUGGAUCCAGCGAACAAACACGAAGCAGCUCAGCGUCGACGAGGAACAGGCCAAGGGUGGGAGAGGAACCGACAAUCGGCAAAUACAAGUUACUUAAGACGAUAGGCAAAGGAAAUUUCGCCAAAGUGAAACUGGCGAAACAUGUGCCAACGGGCAAGGAGGUAGCCAUCAAAAUCAUAGAUAAGACUCAACUGAACCCUGGCUCCUUGUUGAAGUUAUUUAGAGAAGUAAGGAUAAUGAAAAUGUUAGAUCAUCCAAACAUAGUUAAAUUAUUCCAAGUAAUUGAAACGGAAAAAACUUUGUACCUGGUAAUGGAAUACGCAUCAGGAGGUGAGGUGUUCGACUACCUCGUCCUACAUGGCAGAAUGAAGGAAAAGGAGGCCCGUGCCAAAUUCAGGCAAAUUGUUUCAGCAGUUCAAUAUUGUCACCAGAAACGUAUAAUCCACAGAGACUUGAAGGCUGAAAACUUACUUUUGGAUAGUGAAAUGAACAUAAAAAUAGCAGAUUUUGGAUUUUCGAACGAGUUCACACCUGGCAAUAAACUAGACACGUUUUGUGGAAGUCCGCCAUAUGCCGCACCGGAACUUUUUCAAGGUAAAAAAUACGAUGGUCCUGAGGUAGACGUCUGGUCCCUGGGUGUGAUUCUGUACACACUGGUAUCAGGAAGUCUUCCGUUUGACGGCUCAACGCUGCGGGAGCUCAGGGAGAGGGUCCUUCGGGGAAAAUAUAGAAUCCCAUUCUAUAUGAGCACCGAUUGUGAGAACCUCCUGAAGAAGUUCUUGGUAUUGAACCCAGCGAAAAGAGCAAGUCUGGAAACUAUCAUGAAGGACAAAUGGAUGAACCAGGGGUACGUUGGGUAUGAAAACGAUGAAUUGAAACCUUACAUUGAGCCAGAAGCGGAUAUGAACGAUCCAAAGAGGAUUGAAGCUUUAGUAUCAUUAGGAUUUAAUAGAUAUGAUGUAGAAAAUUCCUUAGAUUCCCAAAAAUAUGAUGAUGCCUACGCCACCUACUUACUCUUGGGCAGAAAGUGUAUAGAUCCUGAAAGUGAUGGAAGUAGGAGUGGAAGCAGUUUGUCGCUUAGGCACACGCCAGGUCAGCAGCCUGGAGGUACCCCACAGCCGACGGCACAAAGUCCCUCGCAUCGUGGUGUUCAUCGUUCUAUAUCGGCAACGCAUGCAAAGCCUAACAGGAGGGCCUCCAGUGGAGGAGACAACUUGAGGAUAGCACUCCAACCCCAAGUACCCAGUACCCAAACCAAUAACCAUCAAUCUUCCGGUUUUAAAAGACAAAAUACUGUGGAUAGUGCUACCAUUAAAGAAAAUAGUGCUAGAAUUAAUGCUAGACCUGCCAGUGCUCAACCUAAGACGAAUACAGAUAAUAGUAUUACCGCUCCAGCUAAGGGAAGAACUGUAUCCAAAACUACAGGUAUAUCUCUCGGAACUACAGUCGGUCGACGUUCUACUAUUAGCUAUGAUAACAAAUCGGAAAGCAUUGAAAAAACCAAUUUAGCUGCUGAGGUACCAAGCACCGGGGAGAGUGUUGGUUCAGGAGAUACUUUGAGGCCAGGAAAGGGCCAUGUGAAAUCAGCUUCAGUUAGUAGUAGUGGCCCCGAAGCUACUACUGAUACUUUACGCUCUAGUCGCACAAGUGCUUCUCCAGCUACUACAAGGCAACAGGCUUUCCCUAGAAACACUUCCUCAAGGAGUACUUUCCACUCGGGGCAAACACGACCCAGACCUUCGUACACUCAGGGAUCGCCAGGGGACAGUCCUCAUUCCAGGACAUCUUUUUUUUCCAAGUUCACCCUCAAAAAUUUCACUCGAAGAGCAUUAGAACCAGGCCAACAAGCUAAACAUGGCGUUUCACCUUUACCUAAUACCGUUGGCACUCAAAACGAAGAUCAUGUAAAACCUCGUUCUCUUCGUUUCACAUGGUCUAUGAAGACCACAUCUAGUAGGGAUCCUUCUGAAAUAAUGCAGGAGAUCAGAAAAGUCCUGGACGCCAACAAUUGUGAUUACGAUCAACGUGAACGUUUUCUAUUAUUAUGUGUUCAUGGUGAUCCCAAUACUGACAGUUUGGUGCAGUGGGAAAUCGAGGUGUGCAAGCUGCCUAGACUUUCUCUUAACGGCGUACGCUUCAAAAGAAUUUCAGGUACAAGUAUUGGUUUUAAGAAUAUUGCAAGCAAGAUAGCCAAUGAACUGAAACUGUGACUGCUCAUGAACGAACCCAGCGAGAUUUCCACAAACGAACCAUCCCCUCAGCACUCGUAGUGAUGAUCAAGACUCAAACCCGGCUCCAGUUUUCAAGAGGCUGAAUAACAACAUGGAGUGCAAUAAAUAGAAUACCGACAAAUUCCUGAGAUUGCUAAAAUUCAGUUCUCAAUGUAACAAAAUUCAAGUCAAUAUCUCUAAUAAACCAAAAAGUGUUUUCAGUGUACAAUAUGUGAAAUUGAGGUUAGUUGUCGAAAGUUCAAGCGAAAAACUGCGAUCUCGUAUUUUGAAUUUUGGCGCAUCGUUGAAAUCAGAAAAACGUAACUUAUGGUGAAAAUCACUGACACUUCCCAAGUGUGAUACUUCAUUAGUGUUCUAAUUCAACUAUAAAUUAGGAGCAAAUUUCAUUUUAAUAAGUCGAUUCAUUUCAGAUUUAUAAAUAAUACUUUAUAGUAAUUGUAAAAAAUAAACAAUAAGUUAUU